UGGCAGUGAUGUGUAGAAUUGGCACUAAUUGUUAUUUCAGUUUUCGUUUCUAAAUCGCUGGUUCUUCUCAAGCUGGAAUUGGUACACUAGUAGUAGUUUCUCAGAUCCGCGGGUACAGGUCAGCUAGUACUUACUGGUGAUAAAAUUUUCAAGGACCUGAGAGCACGAUUUGAUUCUGCCAUUGCCAUUGCAUAGAAAUGCAAGCAAGCAGUACAUAUAUAACUGGUAGUGGACCUAGUGGGUACCGCGUAGAACGCGGUUUGCAGUCGCUGUCCAAACGCGGUGCAGCAAGUCAGUCAACUCCGUGCAGAUUCCCAGUCAGUCAUUUAAAUCUUGUGGUCUACAAAAAUAUAAGGACAUAAGUACAUAGCCGAGUUCGAAAUUUUCCUCGCAACUGCCAGUCGUCUUCAAGUCCUCCAUUCUGUGUGCUAUAAACAAGGGCCGCCCCACAACGGAAUAAAAGAAAACGGAAGAGUCCGGAGUCGAGAGCAAAUACGCUAACAUCACUGUCUCUACUCCUGCAUUCACUAGAACGGAUAAGUAGUGUUAGAUCGACAGAGACAGAGGAGAGGCUGAGAUGCAGGCGCCGGCGUGUACCAAUGCUCCGGCGUGCCCGUUCCCCUUCGCCAUGAUGCAGUCUCAUGGUGCCAGGAUCGUCAGGUUGCACACCUACGACUGGGUUGCGCUGCUCCUCCUGAUCGCCAUGGAAGGUGUCCUCAACGCCAUAGAGCCGUUCCACCGCUUCGUCGGCGAAGGCAUGAUCGCGGACCUCAGAUACCCCAUGAAGAGCAACACCGUCCCGGUCUGGACCGUGCCGAUCGUUGCUGUCAUUGCACCUAUGCUCAUUUUCAUCGCCAUCUACAUCUGGAGGAGGAAUGCGUAUGAUUUGCACCAUGCUACAAUUGGUAUUCUGUUUUCUGUGCUGAUCACCGGCGUCCUGACGGAUGCGAUCAAGAACGCCGUGGGCCGUCCGCGACCCAACUUCUUCUGGCGCUGCUUCCCUGAUGGAAUCGCUGUGUACGACAACAUUACCACAGCAGUCAUAUGCCACGGCGACGCUAGCGUGAUUAAAGAAGGCCACAAGAGCUUCCCAAGUGGCCACUCUUCCUGGUCCUUUGCCGGCCUGGGGUUCCUGUCGUGGUACCUCGCCGGGAAGAUCACCGUCUUCGACCGACGAGGGCACGUCGCCAAGCUGUGCGUCGUCAUCCUGCCUCUCCUGCUCGCCGCCGUCAUCGCCAUCUCGCGGGUAGAUGACUACUGGCACCAUUGGCAGGACGUCUUCGCGGGCGGCAUCCUUGGAAUGGUGGUUGCGUCUGUUUGCUACCUGCAGUUCUUUCCACCACCCUCUGAUGACAAAGGUUUCUGGCCUCAUGCCCACUUCAGAGACAUAAGCGAGAGGGAAGAGGAGAGCCAGAGGCGGCGCGCUACUGAAAUGAGCAACAGUGGCUCAACCGCAAUUGUCCCUCGGCAAGGUGAGACGGGGGCAAACACGAGCCGAACGUUGGACGCGAUGGAGUCCGGUACGUAGGACAGGGCGAUGGCCCCAUGUAACAUGCAUGUAUGAUAGCAAAAAAAAAGUAACAUGCAUGUAUUGUGGCCUGUGGAUA